AUGAGUGAUCUAGACGGGGCAAUCGAGCAGCUGCGGGCCUGCCGCCUGAUCCCCGAAACCCAAGUCCGCGAGUUGUGCUACAAGGCGCGUGAGCUCUUAAUCGAAGAGGGCAAUGUUGUCUCUGUCGACGCGCCAGUAACAAUUUGCGGCGAUAUUCACGGACAGUUUCACGAUCUGAUGGAAUUAUUCCGCGUCGGCGGCGAUGUCCCCGACACAAACUACCUUUUCAUGGGCGACUUCGUCGAUCGCGGCUUUUACUCACUAGAAUCCUUCCUCCUUCUCCUUUGCCUUAAAGUGCGAUACCCCGAUCGCAUCACCCUCAUCCGUGGCAAUCAUGAAUCGCGCCAGAUCACAACCGUUUAUGGAUUCUACGACGAAUGCAUUCGCAAGUACGGCAGCGCUAAUGUUUGGCGGUACUGUUGCGAAGUGUUCGAUUACUUGGCGCUGGGCGCAAUCGUAUUAGGCGCUAGUUCGGAGCUGGAGCGAACUGCCUCUUUAGUAAACGAUUCAAACAUCGAUGACAGCGAGCUUGAAACUGAGGUGCUGAACUCUCGCGGAGAGGUCACAACGAGCACCUUUGCCAAUCGCCGCUCAUCGAACUCACAGAAUAUUUCCCCGCAACAGGGCCAAGCAGGCGCCUUUUCACGCACUGGAAUCCCUGGGUCGGGUGCUAGCGGCGACAGUAAUGGCAGCGGACAGAUUACUCGCACGGGUGCUGUACUUUGUGUCCACGGCGGACUGUCGCCACUAAUCGACUCCGUGGAUAAAAUCAGAUUGAUCGACCGCAAGCAGGAAGUACCCCACGAAGGUGCCAUGUGCGAUCUUCUCUGGUCCGACCCCGAUGAGAUCGAGGGCUGGGGCUUGAGCCCCCGAGGCGCCGGAUUCCUAUUCGGCAGGGAUAUUGUCAAACAAUUUAACCACUACAACGGCUUGUCUUUGGUCGCACGUGCCCAUCAACUUGUGAUGGAAGGGUACAAAGAGAUGUUUGACGGUGGCAUUGUCACCGUAUGGUCCGCUCCGAACUACUGCUAUCGCUGCGGAAAUGUUGCCGCCAUUUUAGAAUUAAACGAGGAUACUAACUAUGGCGGUACAAUUGCACGCAGCAAUGGUGAGGUCGGACAAAGCAACCGCGCCAUGGGUGCAGAAGGCUUCGUCGACUCGAUAAUCAGUCCUGGACGGAGAUACCGCGUCUUCGAAGCCGCAGCCCAAGACACACGGGGGAUGCCAGCGAAGAAGCCAGUCGCUGAUUAUUUUCUGGUGAGACCAGCCACUUUCCCUCCCAAGUUACCACCCCCGGCACCUAACAAUUCUACUAGUGAUACCUUCUACUACAUGACUUUAGUUUGUCAUGUCUCGCGCCUAUGGCCCGAGGUAUUUGAUCAUCUCGGCAUCUUGGCCUGCUUUGAACUCAUGAAUCUGCUUCAACAAUAA